UGGGAUGAAAUAGAUAUUACAGUUAAAAUUUGGAAUGGAAUCUGCUUCCCGGUAAAGCGGAAUCAAUUGGAGCACCUCAGGCAAGCCUGGCCUCGCAGCCAGACCCGAGCGAGAUCUACACUCGCCGUACUCGUUUUAUGUUACUCGCAUCAAACAGGGCAACUGUUGUCUUUCGCUAAUGGCAACCAUUGACGGGGCGGUGCAGAAUCAGCCUCAGCAGCAACAGCCUCUUCCGGCGCAGCAGGUGGUUUUCGCGGAAAGGCUAAACCAGGCAGUUCAGCAACAGUUGAACCUAGAGGCUCUGAAGAAUCGAGCUACUACUCUCUUUAAAGCCAUUUCUCGGAUCCUUGAAGAUUUUGAUGUCUAUGGUCGCACCAAUACCACACCUAAAUGGCAAGACAUACUGGGGCAGUAUUCUAUGGUGAAUCUCGAGCUUUUCAACAUUGUUGACGAAAUUAAGAAAGUUUCGAAGGCUUUCGUUGUACAUCCAAAGAAUGUUAAUGCAGAGAACUCUACAAUACUACCAGUUAUGUUGUCCUCCAAACUACUGCCUGAGAUGGAGGUAGAUGACAAUUCGAAACGAGAGCAGUUGCUUCUUGGGAUGCACAACAUGCCAGUAUCUACACAGAUUGAGAAAUUAAAGACUAGAAUUGAAAUGAUUGGAGCAGCCUGUGAAAGUGCUGAAAAAAUAUUAGCUGAAACUCGAAAAGCAUAUUGCUUUGGAAUGCGUCAAGGGCCAGCAAUAGCUCCAACCUUAGAUAAGGCUCAAGCAGCAAAAAUUCAGGAGCAAGAAAAUUUACUCCGAGCUGCUGUUAACUUCGGGGAAGGAUUAAGAUUACCCGGUGAGCAACGACAAAUUACGUCAACACUUCCGAUGCAUUUGAUAGAUGUGCUGAAUGCAGGUGAUGGAGUGCAGAGUUUUAACGAAACGUCUGGUAUGUAUGCAAAGAGUACUCCUCUAACGUCAACUAAUAUUAGUAGUCAAGGAGCAGUGAUACAGCCUCCUGGAUCACAACUUGUUGGAAGAUCAGCUGCUUCGCCUUCUGGUGCUACAAGUGCCACAUCCUUUGACAACUCAACAUCGCCAAUGCCCUAUGCUAACUCUCCAAGGUCAAGUGCAAACAUUAUGAACACACCUUCUCCUCAACAGCAGACCCAACAACAGCAACAGCAGCAACUUCAGCAGGUUCAACAAAGGAAAUUGAUGCUACCUCAGCAUCAGCAACUCCUUGCUCAACAACAGAUGAGACAGUCUUCUAUGCAAGGAAUAGGACAGAUUCAUGGACAGCAUCAGAUGCAGUUUUCACAGCCACUGGCACACCAGCAAUUUCAGGGAAGGCAGAUGUCUUCUGGGCAUGUUCAACAUGGAAUUACUCAAAGCCAACUAGGCCAAGGAAAUCAAAUGAAUCGUCAUUUGCACCAGUUUUCUGGUGCUGCUAACAGUAGUUUGUUUAAUGUUGCCCAGACUACACCAACUUCUCAAAUGAUUCCAAAUAUUUCAGCUACAAUGUCAUCUCAACCACUCAUGUCACGUAUGCAGCAUGGGUUACCUGGGACCAAUCUGCAGCGAAACCACGCUUCUCAAAUUCUAAGUGAUCAGAUGUUCAUGGGAGGAGGUAGUACUGGUGGUAUGAUGCCUAUGCAACAACAGCAGCAAGCACAACAGCAGCAACAACAGCAAGCACAACUUGCUUCACAAGGUGCAUUUGGUAACAUGCCAGCAAAUCCCCAGUCUCUACAAUCAGGUAUGGUACCACUUCAAAAUAUGCAACAAACUCACCCUAAUUUUGGCCAGCAGAGGCAGCAAAACCAGCAAUAACCACUUUGCUUUGGAAAGUGAAAAAAGGGUGUCAUCAUACCCUGCACUCUUCAUAUUUAGCCUUUUGCCCUUGCAUGUAAUGCAAUCCAUUAUAUAUUUUAUGUGUACUAUUUACUUUGUAGAAUGGCUUUGUGUAGAGCUAACCGAAAUGACUUGGUUUAAACAUUAAUGCUAUGAAGUGUUUACUUUAAUAAA